AUGGCCUACAACUUUGUCAGGUCCUACAUCGACACGUUCCGGGAGCGGACCGCCGCUAUCAGCCACACAUCAACGUUCCGCGAGACCGGCCAGAUAACACCAGAGGAGUUUGUCCUUGCAGGAGACUUUCUCGUCUUCAAGUUUCCUUCAUGGCAGUGGGCGGAUGCGACAUCACCUGCGAAGCGCGUAUCCUAUCUGCCUGAGGGAAAGCAGUUCUUAGUUACGCGCGGCGUGCCCUGCCACCGACGGCUCGAUGACAACUUCGCGGGUGAAGCUGGCCAAGAUGAGACCAUAGUAAGAGACGGCUUUACUGCUGGAGAAGGCGCGACCGACGAUGACGGUUGGCUGAGGACUGGGGGUAUGGCGGCAAGCCAGGAAGCCAAGGUGCGCGACGUGCGGACGGUCGACGAGAGUGGCAACCUAGGCGCGGCGGAAGAGGAUGACGAGAUACCCGACAUGGAGGAUAUUGAAGACGACGAAGAAGCCAUCAUAAGAGAUCCAAAGGCCGAGUCGAACACACAGGCGCCCCUCCGAACAUACACCCUCUACAUCACAUACUCCGCCCACUACCGAACGCCGCGAUUAUAUCUCUCAGGCUACGGCUCCACAUCCGUUCCACUCAAACCACAAGAGAUGAUGGAGGACAUUGUAGGAGACUACAAGGACAAGACUGUCACAAUCGAGGACUUCCCCUUCUUUGAGAAUCCUCUCAAGACUGCCUCAGUACAUCCUUGCAAACACGCAUCCGUCAUGAAGGUGCUGCUUGAUCGUGCUGAUGCUGCCCUGAAGCUGCGGCUCGCCAAACUCAAAGCAGGCAAGGACGUUAGCAAGCUCGACAGCGGCAUGGAAGCACUCGUCGAUGACACACGGUUACUCAAGCUCACCGAACAAGCCAAGAACAAGGAUGGCGACGAGGCGAAGGAUGAUUGGGAAGUACUCAGUGAGGGUGGUGACGACGAGGUAGCUAUCCGCGUGGACCAGUAUCUCGUCGUCUUCCUGAAGUUCAUGGCCAGUGUGACACCGGGUAUAGAACAUGACUUCACCAUGGGUGUCUAG